CGCUCUGGACUUGCCGCCAUGUUUCAUGGAUCACAACAUUGGACGAAAAAAGAAAUCUUUAUGCGUGUGUUGGGAACAAUGAUGUAUAGGUAACACUUUGAAGGAAUUUCAUAAAUUACUGUGAUUCAUCUUAUAUAAGAAAAAUGGCGUGUUUGGCCAAUUUGAAACAAGACAUUAAAUUCCUGGAAAGUGUUUUCCCAAAAGACCACAAAGUUUUCCAGAUUUUGUCAGCCUCGGUUGAUGAAUUAACGUGUCGAUUUAUCAGUCGAGAAGGUCGGAAGUAUGAUGUUCACGCAAAUAUUAUGGAAACCUACCCUCAGUCAGCUCCAAUCUGGUUCAGUGAGGAUGACGAUACCAUUGUGAGCAAUGUAAUAUCCAGUUUAAGUGAUGCCCCACCAGAUAAAAACAAUAUUCUUCAUCAAAUUCGUAUAUUGGUGUCUGAACUGUGUGAACUGUUUGAUAUGUCUGCCUCAGAUUCCAUAAGUCAACUUGAUAAGUUCUUACGAGAUAGAGGUUUGAUGAUGGAGGUGAACGAGGAGAGUUCUGAUGAGGAAGAAGAAGAAGAUGAGGACCAUUAUGACAUGGAGGAAGAUAUUCCAUCGAGUGAACAGAAGAUGAAAGAAGUAGAAGGGAUUGAUACAGAACAAGUCAUGGUGCUAGAAAGGUUACGACAAAACCAGAGGCAGGAUUAUCUUAAGGGAUCUGUAACUGGUUCAGUCCAGGCCACUGACCGGUUAAUGAAGGAACUGAGGGAUGUAUACAAAUCAGAGAGUACUAAAAUGGGUAUAUUUUCCGUUGAUCUAGUCAAUGACAGUUUAUAUGAGUGGAAUGUGAAGUUAAAAAAGGUUGACUCAGAUAGUUCCCUCCAUCAGGAUCUCUUACAGUAUAAAAAGGAACAUGGCAAAGAUCACAUUCUCCUCAACUUUACCUUUAAGGAUAAUUUCCCCUUUGAGCCCCCAUUUGUGCGGGUUGUAAAUCCAGUCUUAAAUGGAGGUUAUGUCUUACAUGGAGGAGCUAUCUGUAUGGAGUUAUUAACUCGACAAGGUUGGAGUAGUGCCUAUGGUAUGGAGUCAGUGAUUUUACAGAUCAGUGCCACACUGGUCAAGGGCAAGGCCAGGAUCCAGUUCAGUGCUUCUAAAAAUCAGUAUAGCUUAGCACGAGCCCAACAGUCUUUCAAAUCCCUGGUGCAUAUACAUGAAAAAAAUGGUUGGUUUACACCCCCAAAGGAGGAUGGCUAACCUAGGACAAAUCACCCCAUCAACUACACAUCUCAUCUUUCACCUUUCUCUGUAUCAUCUCUGUUCAUAUCGGGGAUAUUGGGAGAUGUUAAAUUGAGGUUCUAUUAGUGUCAGGCAACACUGUGUUUUAAUGUCAGACCAAAUGGACUAUCAUGUUUAAUUAGACUGCAGUUUUCUCUAUGUGAGGAAACUGCAAUGACAUGGAAUGGCUGCAUUGUGGGGGAAAAAAAUCAAGAAUGACUGCAAGCCCUGUUUUUAUUGUCUUCAAGAUAUGCAAGUUUAUUGACAUGUUUUGAAAUAUUAUUUCAACAGUUCAUACAUUGUACACCAGUUGUAUGAAAAUUUAAGAUUUCACCCUACAUUAUAAUUAUACAGUGUUAAUGUAUACCAUAGAGAGAGAAUGAUUUGCUUCUGUAUGUUGGUUCUGUAUGCAAUUAACCAACUAUCUGUUAAAUAAAGAUUAGAUAAUUA